UGUGGUUCUGAUUUGAUUCCAUCCCCUCCGUUGCCGAUCCACAGCAAACCCUAACCAUCUAAAACCCCGCCCUUCCGAUGGCGGCCGCCUCGCCGCCGCCCUCUCCGCCUCAUCCUAAGCGCCCCAAGAUGUCAUCCUCCUCCGACCCUGAGCCAGAACCCACCUCGCCGUCCGCCGCCGCCGCUGACCCCGGGCAGCCCCGCCGCCGCUACAAGCGCCGCAAGGUGGCCAUCCUCCUCGCCUACUGCGGCGCGGGGUAUCAGGGCAUGCAGAAGAAUCCGGGGGCGCGCACCAUCGAGGGGGACCUCGAGGAGGCGCUCUACCAGGCGGGCGCUGUUCCCGAAGCUGACCGUGCCGCGCCCCGCCGGUACGAGUGGGCGCGUGCGGCGCGCACUGACAAGGGCGUGAGCGCCGCUGCGCAAGUUGUGUCCGGCCGCUUCUACGUCGACCCGCCUGGAUUCGUCGACCGCCUAAAUGCCCAACUCGCCCCGCAGAUCCGGGCGUUUGGCUACGUGCGCGUCACCAACUCUUUCAGCGCUAAGAAGUUCUGCGACCGCCGGAGGUAUGUGUACCUGCUCCCCGUGUUGGCACUCGACCCUAGUGCACACCCCGACCGCGAGGCCGUCAUGGCGAGCGUUGGGAGUGGGAACCAGCUUGCGAAGUGCGUGGAAUGCUCCGAGAGGGGCAGGAAAGUUCCAGAUAUUAUGGGCCGGGAAGGGAAGGUGCCCAACCCUGAGGAGGAAAUUCUUCUUGAUGCUUCGAGGGUCGAAACUGUGUCAACCCAUGGAGAAAUAGGAUCAAACGGAAAUGCAAAAUUUGUUCCAGCAAGCUCUUGUGAUGCUACUGUGACUUGCCACGGGGAGGCUGGGUUGGGAGGUGACAUAAUGUUUGAUAUACCAAACUCUGGCAAUGGAGCAGAAGCUCAAAAUGCUGAACUGGGAUCAAAUGGUGCAGAAAAAUGUGAGAUUGAACCCGCAGGCAGUACUUCCCAUUCUGAAGCUGUACCAACCAACGCCAGUGAACCUUUCUGUUCCGAUUCGGUUGUAGGUUCAGUUGAUGUUGCUGCUUCAGUUGAUGUUGCUGGUUCAGUUGUAACUGAGAAGGAGCAUAAAUGUGUGCCUGUAGUUGGUGGAGAGGAGAAAAUGGAAGUGAUGGAUAUCCAGAAGAACAAUGGAGAAGAAAGUCCCCUCACGAAGAACACAUUUGCUUACACUGAUGAAGUCAAAGAGAAGUUCAAUAGGAUCCUCAAGUAUUAUGUUGGAACCCACAAUUUCCACAACUUCACCACUAGAACUAAAGCUGAGGAUCCUGCCGCCAAGAGGUUCAUCAUUUCCUUCACUGCUAAUCGUGUUGUGAGACUGGAUGGGAUUGAUUUUGUUAGAUGCGAAGUUGUUGGGCAGAGUUUCAUGCUUCAUCAGAUCCGGAAGAUGGUUGGCCUUGCUGUAGCAGUCAUGAGGAACUGUGCACCCGAGUCAAUCUAUGAUGUAGCAUUCCGCAAGGAUAUCAGACUUAAUGUGCCUACUGCGCCUGAGGUUGGACUGCACCUAGAUGAAUGCAUGUUCACCUCGUAUAAUGCAAAAUGGAAGGAUACACAUGAGGCGGUUUCAAUUGAACCGUACGCUGAGGAGGCUGAAGAGUUCAAGGUCAAAUACAUAUUCCCUCAUAUUGCUGCAAUGGAACACAAGGAGGGAGCUGUAGCUCUCUGGCUGCACUCAUUGAACAGCAGGAACUAUCCAGAUUUCCGUUACAUGGAAAAUGCUGGAUCUGAGGCAAAGGUCGAUGCUAUAGUUGAGAAUAUGGAAGAAGCACCGAUGCCAAGCGGUGAUAUAAGCGAGUAACCACUUUUCCAAAGGGACAUGUAAGAGAUGCAUACCUGUGAUCAUUGUAUGUAUCCUGAGAUAGUUGAUACGUUGUUUCGAAUAAAGACUGGAGAGCAAAGGUCAGUGCAGACAUCAAAAUGGUCAGAAGCAUGGUUAUUUGCUCCAAUGCUUCCUUAAGGCUAUACACCUGGCCUGGCAGGAUGGAGGUUGACUUUGUCAGACUAGAAUCUUUAAGUUGAUUGAUUCAAUAUAUGCAACUUUGUUACUUCCAGACUAAUGAAAUAUUGAAAUAUACUUAUGGAACUUCAUGGAGUUUAAUGGGUUUAGUCAGGAUACUUAUUGAAAUAUUGUGUGGCUCAGACCUGAAGUUGUUGCUUCUAGUCUUUUCAGGUUGGAUCAUAGCAGCAACAGUUUCUGUAUGUAAUCAUAUUAUAUGCAUUUGUUAUGUUAAGCUACAAAAUGAUUCCGGCUCA